AAAUGAUAAACGUUCUCAAGCUGUCACCACUACUUUUUUAAAAAAAUAAUUAAUUGAGUUGACAAAAAUAUUAUAAACACUCAUCCGUUACAUAAAUAAAUAAAUAAAACUUCCAUAUAAUAUGCCCCAAGCUCUCUAUUUCACUAACAGAGUAGUAACAGAGAGAAAAGAAACCACAGAGACUUUGCAGGUGAAGCUCCAAAACAGAUGGCCAUGGCUUCCUGGACUAGAAUCCUUCUUCCUGCUCUUCUACUUGCUCUUCUCCAGAUACCAAGAACAACAGCAACGGCUAGUGACCAUGGAAGAAGAGAAACAAUCGACCCGCCCUCGGUCUCGAUUUUCUUCAACAUAGACGACCUGAAACCUGGGAACAGGAUGCCAAUCUACUUCUCCAACAAGAAACCUUCGAAUUCGCCACACUUGCUCUCCAAGCAAGAAUCCGAUUCGAUCCCUUUCUCUUCGUCCCACCUCGAAUCCUUGCUCGAGCUCUUCUCCUUCUCGCGUGGAUCGGCCCACGCGAGGGCGGUCGAGUCCACCCUGACCCUGUGCGAGCUCGAGCCGAUGGCAGGGGAGACCAAGUUCUGCGCCACUUCGCUCGAGUCCAUGCUCGACUCGGUCCGGUCCAGUUUCGGUCACGAGACCCAACUCAGGGCUCUGGCCACCACUACCCACUCGGCCCGACCGGUUGAUGACGGGCUUGGGUCGGGUUUGGGUUCGGUUCGGAACUACACGAUCCUGAAGGAGCCUGAACAAAUCCUGACCAGGAAAGUGAUGGGUUGUCACACCAUGCCUUACCCUUACCUGGUUUACUACUGCCACAGCCCCGCCGGCGAGACGAAGCUGUUUCGGGUUCUGUUGGGCGGUGAAGGUGACGGCGGGGUGGUGGAAGCGGUGGCGCUUUGUCAUAUGGAUACCUCGAAAUGGGAUCGGGAUAACCCGUCUUUUCGGGUGCUGAAGAUGGUCCCUGGGGAAGGCCCUGUUUGCCAUUUCUUCCCCAGGUUUGAUAUAGUUUGGGCAGCUUUGCCUGUUUGAUUGAUUGGGUUUUUUUUUUUUUUUUUUGGUUAAGGAGAACUGAGCAGAUUAGUGUUAGGUAAUGCUUGUUAUGUUGUUACUUAAUGGUAUGUUGCAGAAAAACAGAGUAGUGACUAGUGUUUCCUGAUGUGCAUAAUGCAUAAGAACAGAAAAGAAGUCUUCUGAUGCCUCAAUUUUGGUGUUACUUUUGGUUCUUGUUUGGGAUCUCAAAUCCACGUUUAGAUAAAAUCAAAUUGGA